GUCGGACUUAACCCGCGGUCACACUGGUCGCGUGAAUUCUGUGUAAUUUUUAGCAUUUAAAUUUAAUUUUUUGUGAUUUGUGUUGUAAGAAUCCAACAAAUAGUACUUUGCUGGCGGAGCGCUUUUUCUGUUCGAUGUUCGGUCUGAUACGUGGAGAUAACAUAAGGUAGCAAAUGUGUGGUGGUUGAGAGUUCUCGGCGUCGGUAUCGCGCGCCGACCAAACAUUUAUUUUUUUUUUUUUUGCCCAAUGCUAAAAGAGACGCGAAGAAGCCAAUAAGUGUAGCGAAGAUUAAUUAAAUGUGCGUUGCGCGCGUGUCGUCACACACCAAUUAAUCGAAUUAAAGCGGUGCCCCAAGUUGGAUAAUGCGGCCACAGUGCCACAGCUUCAGCUGCUGUUUAGUCUGUUUGUGUUGUCCAAGUCCCACGUCCGCUGGUUGCCAUGAUGCGAUACUCGGAAAUCUCACGCGACCUGUCCAUGGAUAAUCUGCGCUACUCGGAGUUGAGCAGAAAACCAACAACCGACUAUAAUGGAUACGCUGGGCAGGCGUAUUCUACGCAGUUGCAGUUCAGACAGAGCUCCCCCGCUCCUGCUACGCCUCCAUCCAUGCAGUCGCAGCAGCAGCCGCCUCGACUGGCCAAGCAGCGGAGUCCGAAUGGGAAUGCGCAUACAAUGGCCUGCUUGCGGCAGGAGAAGAGCCCGAAGGAGCACCAGGUGGAGCCUCAGAUGUCGCAGCAUCAGGCCAGCAAAACGCUGAACAUCAAGAGCACGCGACGCAAGAACUCCAUCGGAUGCCUCAACAGUUUCUCCUCCUCGCCAGACUCGCCGGGAUGCUACUACAGCAUAGCGGCCUCGGCAGCACCGUCCUCCAAGUCGCAGAGCCUGCCGGCCCAUGGCUCCAUCAAGCAGCUGGAUGCGGUCAUCUUGAGCGCCCUGCGAGUGCCCGCCGAUGUUCUGGCCAACCAAAUCACGCUGCUAGACUUUCCUGUCUUCGCCGUGAUUCAGCCGGAUGAGCUGGGCAGCUGUGCCUGGACAAAGAAGGACAAGCAUGUGGUCACGCCGAACAUUGUGGCCUUCACCAAGCGCUUCAACCACACGAGCUUCUGGACAGUGCAAGAGAUAUUGAACGGCGAACAGCCCAAGCAGCGAGCGGAGAUAAUGACGCAUUUCAUCAAGGUGGCCAAGAAGCUGCACGAGCUGAACAACCUCCAUUCGCUGUUCGCCAUAAUCUCGGCCAUGCAGAGCGCCAGCAUUUAUCGGCUGAAGAAGACGUGGGCCUGUCUGUCCAAGAAGGAUCGCCAGUCGUUUGAUCGGCUCAGUGACAUAUUCAGCGAUCAGGACAAUUGGUCCAAUCUGCGGGCCUACCUGGAGAGCCUACGCCUGCCCUGCAUACCCUAUCUGGGACUCUUUCUCACCGAUUUGAUCUACAUCGAUCUGGCGCACCCGCACAAGGGUGGGCUGGAGCCCGAGCAGCGUCGAAACAAGAUGAACAACAUACUCCGUGUCAUUUCAAACUAUCAGCAGUCGGACUACAAGCAGCUGCAGCCGCAUGAGUCCACGCAGAAGUAUCUCACAUCUAUACGAUAUAUCGAGGAGCUGCAGAAUAUAUUCGAGGAGGAUCAGUACAAACGUUCACUGAAUCUGGAACCGGCAUCGCCCUCAGGCCCUAGCUCGUCGUCCUGCAGCUCCAAGGAGUCGUUCAAUGUGGAAACCGUCACACCGGCCCUGGGCUGUUUGAAUCUCUCGCCAGCCAAAACCAUUGGCUCCAUGCGCAUGGCCAGCGGUACAAAGUUUGUACCCGGCCAUCGCAAGUGCCGCAGUCUGGGCACCAAAUUUCGCAGCAGCAGCUUGCCGCGCAACUUUGCACAAAAGUGUCAAUGCUGCAUUGUGAUGAUUGCGCCGGGCAUUGGCACCAUCUCCAACAAGCGGUGCAGAUGCCGCGGCAUCUUUGGAAAGAUUGCCACGCACAGUCACGGCGACGGCCAUCCGCACCAUCUGCAGUUGGAGCACGACCAGGGCGUGCUGCCACGACACCAUCUGCUCGACGACUCGGUGCUGGAGCACAGCGAUGCCCUGUCCAAUGCGGAUCUCACCUCCCUGGAGAGCGCCGAAGGAAUAUUGUGCGACUUCACAGGCAGCGAAUGCGAUCUGAUGUCCCCGGAGGCGGCAGCCGCCAUGCAGGGCUGCGUUCGUCGCAAGACCGUUCAGAAGGAGGGGCGCAAGCCGGCGGUGGCCUCCUGGCAGCGAUACUGGCUGCAAAUUUGGGCCAACUCUCUGGUCUACUUUCCGCCCAAGUCCUUCAAGGGCAGCGAGCGGAGCGACUUCAAGCGCGAGCCCUGCAAGGUGUGCCCCCUGGAUGGCUGGUACGCCCACGUCAGCGACAACACGAAGCACAAGAACACCUUUGAGCUGUGCCACCGCACUCUGGGCACCGUCUACAAGUUUCGCACCGACAGUCCGCAAAUGACGCAUCUCUGGACGAACGCUAUCUGCAAGCUGGCCACAAUGCGUGUGCCAAAGCCAUUGCCAGCCAAUCUGAUGUCCUUCGAGUGAGCUCCUGCUCCUGCUCCUUUCGGGGGAAUUGUACUUGAGAGCUCGAAUCUAUUGUACUCAUCAUUGUUUAGACCGUAGUUAAGUUAGCUUAGCCAUUGUAUACAUAUGUGCACACCGCACAACCAAGCAAGCAAACAAUCGAGCAACCAGCCGCAACACCACCCACCAACUCAACCACUCACUCACUCAACCACACACGAGACAACAAACCACUGAACAUUCCCAGAACACAAUGAACGAACAAAUUGCAAACUGCAAACUACAUCUAGAUGAAUCGAUUCAAAUGGUAUUUCAAAAGACUGACACCGGCAGAGAACGAAGAGGAGGAAGGAAUUGAAGCAGCGAAUCAACAUAAACAGACAAAUAAUCAAAAACAGAUCAAUUGUAAGAACCCCAUUUCCGUGCUGUCUUUAGUGUUGUGCUGUUUGUAUGUAUAUCCUUAAUGUUAGGUCAAAUACUUGGACAUUUACUGAACUUUAUUUUGCGCUAAUUGUGCCAUAUUAUUUCUAAAUUAGUGUAAUCACUGCGAGUGUCGGCAGAAUUGAAUAUGAAUAUAACAGAGAAUCAAAAAUCAAACGAACUUUCGAAAUGAAACUAUAGGCUUUAAUACGAGUAUGCUAUCGCUGUCACUAUCACACCAUCCACUGUACGAUCACUGCAACCAUCUGCCUUAAGUUGAUGCACUCUAGACAUAGACACACCAUAUACCUACGAUUACAUUACUCUAUAUAAAUAUGUGUGUAUAUUGCAUGCUAUAGACAAUACUCUGCGCGAAUUGUACGAAACGAAUGUGUGUAAUGUAAUGUAAUACUUGUUUUCUGCAAAAUGUUGGAGAUGUGCUCAUGAAUUUGUUACUCCUAAGCUUUGCCACGCAUACAGAACUUUGAUUUGCAACGUUUUUACAUUAGGCUUAAGAAAGAAAUGCAACAAAAAAUA